UGGGAGAUAUAGUGGAAGAAAGGCAAGAGAAUCAGAGAGUAAACGAGAAGCAAUUUACCGGGAAUACUGAAGGACACAACAGCCUAAUAAGUCGCAGCGGGCUUCCAUAACAAUGACCCGGAGUCACUUCUGAGACAUUCGUCCAGCAGUCGUUAACCUGUGGGAAGAGGGCUCCCAGUUCUUGACCCGGUCAGAGUGAAGAGACCAGAGCGCCGUCUCCUCAGUUUUCGGAUUCCGCGGACGGACUGCCCCCACGGGCCGCCAUGAGCGAGGUGCUGAUCGUGAAGGAGGGAUGGCUUCACAAACGAGGAGAGUACAUCAAGACCUGGAGGCCGAGGUACUUCCUGCUGAAAAGCGAUGGGAGCUUCAUCGGGUACAAGGAGCGGCCGCAGGACGUGGACCAGCUGGAGACCCCGCUGAAUAACUUCUCCGUUGCGCAAUGCCAGCUGAUGAAGACGGAGAGGCCGAAGCCCAACACCUUCAUCAUCCGCUGCCUCCAGUGGACCACUGUGAUCGAGCGAACCUUCCACGUGGAAACGCCCGAGGAGAGGGAAGAAUGGACCAAAGCCAUCCAGGCUGUGGCGGAGAGCGUACAGGAGAAACAGCAGACAACAGAAGACAAGGAUGAAAAAGAUAGGGACAUGUCCCUGACCAAACCCCGACUCAAAGUGACUAUGCACGACUUUGAAUACCUCAAACUCCUGGGAAAAGGCACUUUUGGGAAGGUCAUCCUGGUGAAGGAGAAGGCCACGGGCCGAUACUACGCCAUGAAGAUCCUGAAAAAGGAAGUGAUAGUGGCGAAAGAUGAAGUUGCCCACACGCUCACCGAAAACAGAGUGCUAAAGAACUCCAAGCACCCAUUCCUGACGGGUUUGAAGUAUUCCUUCCAGACUCAUGACCGCUUGUGCUUCGUCAUGGAGUACGCGAAUGGAGGGGAGCUCUUCUUCCACUUGUCCCGGGACCGGGUUUUUUCGGAGGAGCGGGCGCGGUUCUAUGGGGCGGAGAUCGUCUCUGCUCUGGACUACCUUCACUCGGAGCAGAACGUGGUCUACAGGGACCUGAAGCUGGAGAACCUUAUGCUGGACAAGGAUGGACACAUCAAGAUCACGGACUUCGGCCUCUGCAAGGAGGGCAUCAAGGACGGGGCGACCAUGAGGACCUUCUGUGGGACGCCGGAGUACUUGGCCCCGGAGGUGCUGGAGGACAAUGACUACGGGCGGGCAGUGGACUGGUGGGGGCUGGGCGUGGUCAUGUACGAGAUGAUGUGCGGCCGGCUGCCCUUCUACAACCAGGACCACGAGAAGCUGUUCGAGCUCAUCCUCAUGGAGGACAUCCGCUUCCCUCGCACCCUGGGCCCCGAGGGCAAGUCCCUGCUCUCUGGCCUGCUCAAGAAGGACCCCAAGCAGCGGUUAGGGGGUGGGCCGGAUGACGCCAAGGAGAUCAUGCAGCACAAAUUCUUUGCCGGGAUUGAGUGGCAGGACGUCUACGAGAAGAAGCUUGAGCCGCCCUUCAAGCCCCAGGUCACCUCGGAGACGGACACCCGCUAUUUUGACGAGGAGUUCACAGGCCAGACCAUCACUAUCACCCCACCAGGACAAGAUGAGAACAUGGAACAAUUCGACAGUGACAGGAGACCUCACUUCCCCCAGUUCUCCUACUCAGCCAGCGGAACAGCCUAGAGGGUCCUUUCCAAUUCCCCCCGGCUCCUGCCAUUUCUCACCC